AUGUUGAUGAAGUCCGCGCUGAUGGGCCUUGUUGGCCUGGCUGUCAUGACCGAGGCUAGCGUCGUGCCGUUCAUGCCACCCUCUGGGGCGCUGAUGGCCAGGCAGAACCGGGGCGGUGGAAACAACAACAACAACAACAAUGGAGGCAACAACAACAACAACAACGGCGGAAACAACAACAACGGUGGUGGCCAGGGCGCCAACUGCUUGAACCAAAAUGCCAUCCAAGCUGCUAGCGCUGCGACGGGUCAGAACGGUCAGGUUGAGGAGGGCCAGGUCGAGUCUGCCACGGACGCCAACAACUUCAUCAACUUCUGCUCUGGCAAGACCAUCACCAACGGCGAGCAGAACCGGGCCGGCUCCUGCAACGGUAUCCCCAUGGGCGAGGUCCCCGCUGUCGGACGCAUGGUGUCAACCGUCAUCCUUAACCCCAAGAAUGGUGACACCCUGCCGGCCAACCAGAACUUCAACAUCCAGGUUCGGAUUGCCAACAUGCAGCUGGGUUCCUUCACCAACGCCCAGGCCACCUACUACUCUGCUCCCCAGGCGCUGCAGAACGGACAGAUCGUCGGCCACACCCACGUGACGGUCCAGGAUCUCGGUGGCAACCUCAACCCCACGCAGCCGCUCAACGCCCAGCAGUUCGUCUUCUUCAAGGGCAUCAACGACAACGGCAACGGCCAGGGAACUCUCGAGACCCCUGUUACCGGCGGCCUCCCCAACGGCAACUACCGCCUCUGCACCAUGGCUGGUGCGUCCAACCACCAGCCCGUUCUGAUGCCCGUCGCCCAGCGCGGUGCCCAGGAUGACUGCAUCCGCUUCACUGUGGGCGGCGGUGGUGGUAACAACAACAACAACAACGGCCAGAACAAUAACAACGGCCAGAACAACAACGGUCAGAACAACAACAACGGUCAGAACAACAACGGUGCGCAGAACAACAACAACGGUCAGAACAACGGAGGCAGACGCAACAACGGCCGCGCCGCCCAAUCAGGCGGCGCCAACGCCCAGGCCAUUGGUGGUGCUGCUCCCGCCAUCGGGAACAGCGGUGACGCAGCCCGGCCUUUCAGCGUCAACGGCGCCACCUUCACGGACCGCGCCGAGGCCCAGAAGCGCGCCUGUGCCAUCCAGACCAACAACUGCAACGACGCCGUCAACAGGGGCCAGGCUCAGGGCUCAACCCUGCAAGACUGCAGCAACCAGGAGAUCGCCUGCAACACCAGCGGUUAACUCACUCGCCUCUUGCCUUCCUGAUGCCUCUCCUUUCUUACCACCGCCAGACGUCGAGUCGUGGUUUUCAUGUUGCCCUCCACCCCGCAACCGGAGCUCCGCAGCCCGUCACACCCCUCUUCUAUUCUCGCCGAAAAGGGGGUGGGCCAGUGAACGAGGCAAGCGACGAUUGGACAAGAAGGAAACUUGUCCUGGCAACUUGGAAGAAAUGUUGGCUUCGGACUUCAUUCCGGGGGCGGCCGAAUACCCUCUUUUGACACCUUUUGUCAGGAGUGCCGUCCCCGGCCUACAAUCCACCUCCCCGGGAAAAGCUCCUUGACGCCAGUGUCUAUUUUUCUCUUUUCUGCUUAUCCUUGCCCCUGUGCAUUCGCUUUGUAAAGCCGGCGUUCAGACCUGUCAGCAUUCCUUCCAUGAUUGUUUCCGACCUUUCUUUCUUCUUCCAUCACCCGGUGUGGGGUGUCAGGACUUUUCCCUCUUCGGUUGGGUGCUUGUGUGUGUUUGCGCGUCUGCUUUGUCAACCUCCUUCUGCCGCAAAACCAAGAGAGAAAAAAUCACAACCACUUCUAUAUACCAUGUCCCCAUCCUAUCAUUGUGGCUGUUGUUUCGUUUUUUUUAUUGACUGCUUAAUGGGCAAGUUUAAACUUGUUGUGAUCACUCGCUAUCUAUCGUUGGAAGGAAAUCGCUUUUUUUUUUUCUUUUUCUGUUGCUCAAGGCGAGGAGGUGGAGGGCGCAGCAUGGAAACAGUCUGGCGGUACCACCUGUUCCUUUUCCUAGUUGUAUUAUGUGGUGUGAUUACCUAUCCAGUAGACGAAAAGGACGGACCAAAGAAAUAC